GCAGGGGGCUCGAUGUGCGGGGACGCGGCGCAGGAGCAUGCUGGCGCAGCUGUUGGUACUUAGCACCGCCCUCGCGGCCGCCAACACCGGCAAGCACGGUGGUGUGGAAGUGCCAGAGUUUGGGGAGCCCAUCACCAACCUGACGGUGCCCAUCGGCCGCGACGCAACCUUCAAAUGUAUAGUUGUCAACCUUGGAAACUUUAGGGUCGGCUGGGUGAAAGCAGACACGAAGGCGAUCCAGGCGAUCCACGAGCACGUGAUCACACACAACCCUCGCGUCUCCGUCUCCCACGCUGACCACUCCACUUGGUACCUGCACAUCAAAAGCGUGCAGGAGGAGGACAGGGGACAGUACAUGUGCCAGAUCAACACCGACCCUAUGAAGAGUCAGAUGGGCUUCCUAGAAGUAGUGAUACCGCCCGACUUCAUCCCAGAGGAGACGUCGGGUGACACUAUGGUGCCAGAAGGUGGGACCGCGAGAGUUUCCUGUAAAGCUCGUGGGAUCCCGCCGCCACGAGUUAUGUGGAAACGAGAAGACGGCCAGGAGAUAGUGGUGAGGGACCACACGGGAGCCAAGACCAAAGUGCUAACGUAUCAAGGCGAGGUGCUGAAGCUGAGCAAGAUAUCUCGGUCGGAGAUGGGCACGUACCUGUGCAUCGCCGGCAACGGGGUCCCGCCCACCGUUAGCAAGAGGAUCCACAUCAGUGUCCAUUUCCACCCUGUGAUCCAAGUGCCGAACCAGCUGGUGGGAGCGCCGCUGGGCACCGACGUCACCCUCGAGUGCUACGUCGAGUCCUCGCCCAAGUCCAUCAACUACUGGGUCAAAGAUCCUGGUGAGCUGAUAAUACCUUCGGACCAUCACGAGAUGACUGUCAGACAAAAGUCCAUGUUCGAGGCGGAGAUGACGAUGACUAUAAAGAACAUAAGGCGGGAUGAUCUUGGGAGCUAUAUUUGUGUUGCCAAAAACUCUCUCGGAGAUGUCGAGAGUAAGAUAAGAUUGUAUGAAAUCCCGGGUAACGACCGUCACGUGUACCACUACCCCGAAGAACGGGUGACUUCAGAGGAUGACUAUGGGACUGAGGUGUACGAUGAUGACAACUCGGUGUCAGAUGACGCACAGAGCAACCGCGUCCCCGACCGCGCCAACAAGUGGUACGCAAACGAUGGCAAAGUCAUAGUCUCACAGAAUUCUGUGUCUAGUAUAUCUAAUAAAUAUCUGUGGAUGAUUCUUUUUCUCCGCUCCUUGGUAAUUUUGUUCCAUUAAACAUGAUAAAUACUGUACAUUCAGUUAUCGCAGUUUGUAUGAAGCGCUGUUUUAUUAGGCAUCGUAACGAGAGCCAAUUUCAUUAUUCCUACGAAAGAAAUGUAUCUACAGAGGUUUUGUAUUUAGCUUUAUUUACUCGUACCAGUAUUACGGCCUUACUUCCUUGGUUUAUUUACAUCUAAUAGGGUGAUAGAUAGAUACUUUAAUUUUCAGUAAGUACGUUAGAUUUUUUUUAAGAUAUUCUUACAUGAUAUUCCAUCAGCGCGUAACGUGAUAAUAACUAGUAUUUAAUAAUGUACAUAGUAUAUAUAAGUGAAAUAUCUGAACCGUUGUAAGAUUAUUACAAUAUUUAACAUUUUGGAUAACUACUGUUGAAUAAUGAUCAUUUGUGUAUUUGUCAAGAGUUAUUAAGCAACUGUUUAUAUUGAAUUAACGUGAAGCCGUGUAUAUUGCUAUUAUUAUUUUAAGUAGAAGAAUUUAUAUUACCUAUUUAUAUUUACGAAAGUUUUUAUUGAAUAUUUUAGAAACUUGAAUGUAAAUAUUGAAAUGUAAAGCGUAAAAUAGAGGAUAUAUGAUAGUUAUUUGUUUCUGACAAUGACGUAUAAACGUUUUAAUAUUGCCGAACGUAUUUAUAUGGCCUAACACGUAUUUACAAAUUGUUUCCGUGCUUCGCCUCGUAUUGCAACUUUGUAAGCUUUCAAAUACAGCAUUGAACGUAAAACAUUGCUGUAUUCACAUAAAUAUUAUCGACGCCGCCGAUACUCCUAUAUUACAAAAAUAGUCAAAACUGUUUUGAAUCUUUCUAGUUUGAAUUGAAUACCUAAAUAAUACAUGACUACAGAAAUAAGCUUACAAGUUGCAUUACGGGCACUUUACUUCAUGCAUGUCUCUA